AUGAAUAAAUUGCAAAAACAUCAAGAGAGCAAUGGACUACCGAGCCCGUACCAAUAUAAGUUCGCAAAAUACCAGGGUAUUAUGAAAUACAUUUUAAUUUGGACAAUGUUCAAUGACACAGAAAAUAAAAUUGGUGAAGGACAAAAACCUUUUAUAGAUCGUGAUUGCAGAUACGUGAAUUGUUAUUUGACGACCAAGAAGGAUUUUCUUAAUGAUGAUAUCACCAAUUUUAAUGCAAUAGUAUUUGAUAUAAACAAGAUCAAGAUGUGGAAAAAGACAUUCUUUCCAAAGCAGAGGUCUGAUGAGCAAAAAUAUAUUUUCUACAGCGACGUUUCCUCUGACGAAGUGCCUAUAUGUAAUAUAAAUAUGGAUAAUUAUUUUAAUUGGACUUGGACGUACAAAAUUAAUUCGGAUAUUGUAAGUCCCUUUAUUGAAGUUAAGGACUUAAAAGGUAAUGUUGUUGCUCCCAGAUCAGUGGUGAAUUGGAAUUCUAAUAUGACAAUAUUAAAUGAAGAAGAAAAAAAGCAUUUGAAGCAAAAGAAAAAAGCAAUGGCUUGGGUUGUUACGAAAUGCCACACCAGAAAUAACAGAUUAUUGCUGGCUAGAAGAUUGAGGCGAGGUUUUGAACAAAAUGGUUUAAUAUUUGAUAUAUAUGGAUGUGGUCAUAAGAACUGUCCUAAAGGAGGAUGUAUGGAAGCUAUUGAAAGGGAGUAUUAUUUCUACUUUGUCCCUGAAGACAGCUUUGAUGAAGAUUAUGUAACUGAUGAGGUACUGACAGCUUACCAUCAUCAUGCUGUACCUGUUGUUUUGGGUGGAGCCAAUUAUCGAAGGUAA